AUGAGGCAUCGCGAGCUAGAGUUUUCUAUUUGUGACAAGGUAUUCUUGAAAGUGUCGCCGAUGAAGGGAGUAAUGCGGUUUGGUAGAAAGGGCAAGCUUAGUCCUCAUUUCAUUAGCCCUUAUGAGAUUGUUAGGAGAAUUGGGAAGGUGGCUUAUGAGUUGAAGUUACCAUCUGAGAUGGCUAUGGUGCACCCUAUGUUUCACGUUUCGAUGUUGAGGUUGUACAAGCCUGACCCUUCUCAUAUCUUGAAUCAUGACGAGAUUGAAAUCAAUGAAGGGUUGUCUUAUGAAGAGGAACCUGUACAAGUCUUGGAUCGUCAAGUUAGGAGGUUGAGAACGAAAGAUAUGGCUUUGGUUAAAGUCCUGUGGCAUAAUCAUAAUACUGAAGAAGCCACUUGGGAAGCCGAGGAGGACAUGAAGAGGAGAUAUCCUUAUUUGUUCCUUACUACAGAUAUGUGUUGA